GUGAGUGAGGCAUUUACUUUUGGUUCAUCUUAAAACAACAUGCUGCUUAUCUUUUCUCUUCUGUUGGUUUUGUGUGAGCGCACAGCGUUACAAUCCUGGGUUACAACAAACUCUGUGUAUUUCACAGAUGCUCCUACAACAACAGCGGCUCCUGAAGAAAAGCUCUCUCUACAGCUGGUGGCCAUACCAGACUACCCAGUUGCAGCAGGUCAAAGAGUCAACCUACACUGCAAUGCUUUCACCAUGCCAGACUCUGUCAAGUUGUCCUGGCAUCGCCUUGAAAAUCAGACUUGGCAAGAAGUGGCAAAUGGUGGGGAUCUGACCCUUACCAAGCCAGAGCAGAGCGGGCUUUACUGCUGCCGUGCCGAGAACCAGUUAUCUCAAAACCACACAGUCUACAUCAUCUCUAUGCAUACGACAGUCGGGGAGUAUUUAGGAAUAGCUGCCUUUGUCAUUUCUCUUCUGGCCUUGAUCAUCAACUUUGCUAUUCUUUUCUGGCUGGGCUGGCACAGACUUGGUGCCGCAUCGACCACCUCCAACAUUGCAGCUAAAGGUUUUCCUGGACCAGAAAAGUCACCAAAGGGAGGUUUGCCACACACUGAAAGUGACGGAGAUGUGUACAUAAAUUACACAAACAACCGCCAAGCCUACACAGAUCUGGACCCCACCAAUGUGACUACGGACAAUGUGUACUCAAGUCUAUGA